AGGGCUUUGCUGUUAACAGUAAAAAAGAGCAAGAAAAAAAUACAACAAUCGGAAAAAAGCCAUUAUAAACCAGAGAAAUUUCAAGAAAUCGGAACAAGUAAAUUUCAUUUGAAAAAAAAAACAUGUCCUUCGAUACUAUACCAAAAGAUUUACGUGGUUUAAGAGCCUGUUUGGUGUGUUCUCUAGUAAAGUCCUUUGAUCAAUUUGAAUACGAUGGCUGUGACAAUUGCGAUGAAUUUUUGCGCAUGAAAAACAACAAGGACAAUGUCUACGAUCAUACAAGUAAUAAUUUUGAUGGCCUAAUUGCUUUAAUGAGUCCCGAAGAUUCUUGGGUAGCCAAAUGGCAAAGAAUUAGUAGUUUUUCGCGUGGCGUUUAUGCUAUAUCAGUAUCGGGUAAUUUGCCUCAGGCUACUUUGAGAGAAAUGAAAAGUCGUGGCAUUCCCUAUAGACCAAGAGAUACUAGCCAACGUUAAUUUUAUUUUAGAAAUAAAACUAGAGGUUGGAUGAAUUUGGAAGAAAUUUACUAAUGGACGUACUCAACUAUGAUCGAUUGUUUAAAUAUAAGGCCAAACAUAACCAACCCGAUGUGAAUAACAAUUUCAAAUUCCUUUUUUUUUAA